ACUAUAUGUGUAAAGCUGCUUUAAUAUGUGUACAGUUGAGAGUUAACACAUUAAUUGUAUUUUUCCAGAGUACUUGAUGGAGGUUAGGAAUCAGGACCAUCACUAUGACUAGGCAUUAAAUUUAUUAAUUUAAAAAAUAAAAUAAAAUUGAAGACUGUAAAUGAAAAUCAGUAUUUAAUUAUGAUAAUGUAAUUGUCAAAGAAAAUGACUUGCCAUGUGGUUUUGGAAAAUGUCUGCAAAUAAUUCUUAUUAAUAGGCUUGUUUUAAUUUCCUUAAAAAAAUUGUGUCUUCAGAUCUGACUUCCAACUGUACUAUAAAUCUGUCAGCAUUCAAUCCUUUUUUUGUCUUUUGUAGUGGGCCAUGUUACAGCUUAAAAACACACCAUAAACAAGGUUAAAAGAGAUUAUGUUUGUGUUCAUACUUCAUAGUAUGUUUAUUUGUUCUGUCUUAAAACUAGUUCCGUUGAUGGUCGAAUCUUAGCUACUCGUAUAUGUUACGUAAAUUUAUGCACUUAAGUAUAUGUUACUUUUCAGGUGAUCUCCCAGAAGUUCUCUAGUGAAAUUGUGCUUUGUGGUUUCGGAGAUGAGAUUUUGUGAAGCCUCCACUUGAUGGACUGCUCCCCAAGCACAAGCCACAAAAAUACAUUAAAGAGGUGGUUUUUCAUAGACAAAAGAGUUGGAUAACAAAAAAAUAAAUAAAAAAAAUCAUUAAAUUCGAAAGUUGAAUACGCAAUUUUGGGUGAAUUCGAUGGAUUUGAAGUCAAAAAAAAGUUCUCCUAUUGUGGCUGAUUCAAGAUUGGGGCUCUAUUCAAGCCUAUUGCCUUGUUCACAAUCGGGGCCUUCGUUUUUAAGUAGCAGUCUCUCGGUUCCGAGAAAGAAACCUGGAAAAAUAGACGAUGUUCGCUCCAAUGGCUGGCUCGAUGAAAUGAAAUCUUCGUCACCCCCUCAUAAGAAAAUUAUGAAAAGUUUCAAUAACUCUGAUGAUGUCCCAGACGAGGCCGAAAUUGAUUAUCACACUUGGAUGAAUAGGUAUCCAUCAGCUCUGAAAUCGUUCCAGCUAAUAAUGGAUCGUGCACGAAACAGGAAACUAGUGAUGUUCCUAGAUUAUGAUGGAACACUUUCACCCAUCGUAGACGAUCCUGACCGAGCUUUCAUGUCGAGUGAAAUGCGUUCUGCUGUAAGGAAUGUCGCAAAGCAUUUUCCAACAGCCAUCAUCAGCGGAAGAAGCCGGGAUAAGGUUUAUGAUUUGGUAGGACUAAAAGAACUCUACUAUGCCGGUAGUCACGGCAUGGAUAUCAUGUUCCCUGCCGAAGAUGAUGUGUCUCAAUGCCAUCUCAAUUGUGUUAAGUGUACUGACCUUCAGGGCAAGGAGGUAAAUCUUUUCCAGCCCGCUAGUGAAUUUCUACCGAUGAUAAGCGAGGUUUUCAGAACCUUCGUCGAGAUUACCAAAGAUAUUAAAGGUGCAAAAGUGGAGAAUCAUAAGUUUUGCGUCUCCUUACAUUACCGCAAUGUAGAUGAGAAUAGUUGGCCUUUAAUUGCACAACAUGCUCAUGACAUUUUGAAAGACUAUCCUCGAUUACGACUAACUCACGGCCGAAAGGUUUUAGAAGUUCGCCCAGUGAUUGACUGGGACAAAGGAAGAGCUGUUGAAUUUCUUCUUGAAUCCCUAGGAUUUAGCAACCAUAGUGAUGUGCUCCCGAUUUAUAUUGGAGAUGACCGAACAGAUGAAGAUGCAUUCAGGGUGUUGAGGAAGAGUAACCGAGGUUAUGGAAUUCUCGUAUCUACUGUCCCAAAGGAGAGCAAUGCUUUCUUCUCUCUGAAAGAUACUUCAGAGGUUCAAGAAUUCCUGGAGUCACUAGUGAGAACGGCACAAAAGGAUGCAAAGAUAGUUGAGAUGGGCAUAGAGUCGUCAUCAUUUGAUACCGAAUAAACACAUUCAAAUUUAUAUUAAGAGGCUACGGCUAUAUUAU